CGCCUGAGAUCUCUUCAUUUAUCUUUUGAGUAACUUUCGUAAAUAUUUGCAAGAGUGAUGCAAUUAACUUGCUUAUUUUAGCAUAAUAUAUGCAUUAAUUAGAUUUUAUUAGAUAGAAAUUAAGUGUUGGUAUUGUUGAUUGAUUGGAACUUUUAGUUUCUUUAAAGGCAACAAACAUUACUGUCAUUAGUGUCAUUCCAUAUAUAUUCUAUUUGUUUAAAGGAUGUCAGUACUAAUAGAAGACGAACAAAUGAAUAAUCAACGGCUGUUGCCACGGAUAGCGCUGAUCGCAUGCGGCUCUUUCAGUCCACCGACCCCAAUGCAUUUUCGGAUGUUCGAAAUCGCACGAGAUUAUUUUACAAGUCAAGGGUCCCACCAUGUUGUUGGUGGUAUCGUAUCACCCACACAUGAUUCAUAUCAGAAAAAAGGACUCGUUGGAGGAACAUAUCGAUUUGCUAUGCUGAAAUUAGCUUUACAAUCAUCCACUUGGAUUAGGGCUUCUGACUGGGAAAUACAGCAACCGGAAUGGUCACGUACGCUUUCCGUUUUGCAGUAUCAUCAAAAUUAUAUGAAUAAUUAUGUCAACUCGCCGAUAGAAAAUGAAAUAAAUGGCACGAUACCGGGUUGGUUGCCACCGGGAUUGCGUGAGCGUCAGGAUGGGGUGCAAUUGAAACUGUUAUGUGGAGCAGACUUGCUGGAAUCGUUUGCAGUGCCCGGACUGUGGGCUGAUAAGGAUAUUGAAGAUAUUGUGGGUAAUCACGGUCUGGUGGUGAUAACACGAUAUGGCUCUAGCCCUGAAAAAUUUAUUUUCGAGUCAGAUUUGUUGACUAAAUAUCAGAAAAAUAUUACAUUAAUAACAAAUUGGGUGCCGAACGAAGUAAGUUCAACCAUGAUACGCCGGCUUAUUUCACGUGGACAGUCAGUUAAAUAUUUGCUUGAUGAUCGGGUUAUCGAUUAUAUUCAAAUGCAAGGACUUUUCAACUGUAAAACUAAGUAUAUAAUUGGACUAACACGUUUGCAAACAUUCCCACAAAAGUAUAACAAUUUAUUUUUAAACCGCCUUAAUACUAAUCCAAGCUCAUCCGUCAAUAAUUCGCCGUCUGAUGAGGAAGAUGACGAUAUCGCGGCGGAAAGAGCUGAAAAUAUGGAUGAAAGCGAUUAUUCUAUUAAAAAUAUUUUGACUAGUUUCAAUUUAGAUAACCGUAAGCCUUCAAGCAUGAAUGUCUUUUGUUGUGGAGAGAGUGAAGUCAAUGCUCCAGCAAAGAAACUAUUGCCCAGUCGCAAUGGACCAGGACAAGUUGUACAAGUUGUAACGUCCGAGAGGGGUAAAAAAUUUACAACGGAUAUACAACGUACGAGCAGUGGAAUGGAUGAGUCCGAUGCUAAAAAGAUAAAGACAGAUGCUGUGAAUGUCUAAUAAAAGACGAUAAAAAGUUCCUUAAAGAGAAAAGCUAAGAAGUAAUAUCACAAAUCAAGGGCUGUAACAGGAAUAUUAUGGACUUUGAAGCGGGAUCGAAAACUUCAUACAAGAUAUAAUAUUAAACUAGUUUAGACAUGCUUACGCUUAUCUUAAAUGAAUCUUCUGAUAUUUGAAUUGUUUUUUUAAUUGUAUGUUGCAAUGGCAAAAAUGUAAUUCCUUUUCGUUACACAUGUACGUAUUUAUAUGAAUAUUAUAAUGGUAUACUUGUUUGUAAAAGAUAAUACACUAAGCUACACCUUGAUGAUGCAUUAUAA